UUUAUUUUGAACGAAGUUUUCUUUAUACGAUCUAAAAGUGACGAGUAAAGAAAACGAGAUGGUCGUCAAUUACGCCGGGGCGGUGAUGGACUCGAUCGGAGCUGCUGCUGUAUACUCCACCGGCGGCGGACUCCAUUCCUCUGUUGAUAUCAAUUCUUGGUUUUAUUCAACCAUUUCCAGUUCGUCUUCUUCUCCAUCUUUCUCUGUUCAUCUUCUACUACUACUACUACUUCCUCUUCUAUUCAAAUAUUAUAUGGAGUAACGAGCCAAGAUGGCUAAAGAAUUCUUCUCCUUCUAUUGAUAUAAACCAGAAAAUCCUACAAGCCAUGCUUCAACCCGACGCAUCUCUAUGCAGAAGCAAUCAGUUCAACAAUUAUGAGCUUUGUGGUUUAUUGGAGAUCGUGGCAGCAGUCUCCUACUAAGUGUUUGGUGAAGGCUCUAACAAAAGGUUCAAAUUAAUGCCAGUAAUUCAGAUCAAGUGCUCUUCCAUAUGGGAUUAUCCCGGACUUGGUUAGCCUCAGUGCUCUCGGGUCUAGCCUCAUCUCUAUGUCAAAUGUGCUUCUCAGGUCAGGUCAAGAAGACAUCAUACUUAACGACGGUUGAGAUGUCAAUUGUUGGAAGCCUCUGGCUCUGCUUGUUAGUAAAGUACCUUAAUUUAAAAGAUGGUGAAGCGAUGAAAAGUUUCAUAUGGUUGGACUGCUUUAACACUGGGAUUGGUGACGUGGACUAAGGGUGGAGAUGACGUGAUUCUUCAGGAAUAGCAUUUGUUUGUUGAUUUUAUCCCACGUCUACAAGCUCUUUAUACUUGAUCGUUUCCAAGAGAGUAGAACGAAGAAUCGGUUGUGAUCUCUCUCAAAGCUACCACCGGAACAAAUUUCUCUCUUAUCUCCUCCACUGUGGAAAAAAUAGAAAGUUACAAGCUUUUUUCUCAAAUGAGAGAAGAAGAUCCAUGGAUUCCUGAGACGCCGAUGAAGCCGACUGCUCCGAUCGGCUCAAAUACUGUGGAGGAGGAAGCUCAUGGUAACCGGAGAAGGAGAUUUGUUGGGAACGAGGACACUGAAUCACUCUGUUUCUCCGGUCAGAUCCCAAAACGUACAGGAGACACGGAGUUAUUGAUGAAAAAUGGUAAUGAAUCAGUGCAGAGUCCGAGCUCAGUGAGUAAAAUCAAGACUCCUGAAAAACCAAAGAGAAAGAAGCAUCGACCAAAAGUUCUUAAAGAAGCUAAACCCAAGAAGGCACCUAAACCACCACCUCCUAAGAAACCUGUUGUUGCUGAUUCUCAAGAAAGCAAAACACCACCGAUGAGGACAUAUGUGCGGAGGAAGAAGGAUAAGGAUCAAGAAUCUACUCCGGUUGAAUCAUCAGAAGACAGGGAAUUGUUGAUGAGAAAAGGUCAUGAAUCAGUGGAGAGUCCGAGCUCAGUGAGUGACAAUGAUACAAUUGGUGUAUCAACACAAUCGGUUUUAAAGAAGAUUAGUUGAAUGAGCUGACUUGGCUAAGGAGGGCAGAGACUCUUUCUCAUUUAGAAGUGUUGCCGUUGAAGUUCUUCUCUUUAAAUACAAGCUAUGUGUGCGUGGGGAGGGGGAUGCUUAUUAUUGUUGUUGAAUGUUCUAGCGAUGUGCUAGUGAGAGAGUGAUGUGCUCUCGUCUCUGAUCUUUGUUAGGUGAAGAGCUUGUGUUAGUGUUUGGGUUAUCAAUAAAGAGUUAGUUACAGAGGUUACGAUAUCACAAAACUUAUCAUUGGUGCGGUGAAACUGUGAUCGGAGCUUCAACGCGAUGAAGACGGUGGAAUCUGUGAUCUAUGACGAUGAUGGUUGUAUGGAGACGCCUAUGUUCACCGGAACAGAUCCGUCGCUGUGGAUCCCAAAAGUGGAGAGGCUUUUCAAUCGUGGUUGUUUCUCAGAUGAUGCGAAGCUUGAUCUAGUCUUCUUGUUUUUAGACGGAGUUGCAUUGACAUGGUUUAUGCGAGAGAUGAAUAAAGAGAAAAUCAUGGAUUGGAGUUUCUUUAAGCAGAGAUUGUUGGCUUGAUUUUCUCCGGUGAAGCAUUGUUCUCCAUCUGAGGUGUUUUUGCAAAAGGAUUCGAUGCGAGAGAUUGAUCAAACAAACAUGGAGGCUGAUGGUGUUGAACAACCUAAGGUAUCAAAUUCAGAAUUGGAACCUAGCCUCAAAUUUUGCAAUGAACCAUUGACUGUUUUGGGGGAAUGGCCAACUGAAACUGUGUGGAGAAAUCGGGAAUAUCCACAAUCUGGUUUUGAAUGUGUUAAGAACAAGAAAAAUGCACAUAAGGUGUUUGAUGGAUUGUUCCCUAUGAGCCAUAGACUUCAGAAAAAGAAGAAGCUGAGUUUGUCUCUAAAGACAUGGAAAUUUAAGUUCAAAAACAUGGUUAUGUCGACCAAGGGAUCACAAAUGGAUCAUAACAUUGGUUUAGUGAGGAAGAAGAAAAGAUUUCAGAAUCUGAGACUGAACAAGCAAGCUCACAUGUCAAGGGUGAUGUCUAGAAUGAGGAUGUUGCAUGAUCC